AUGGCGGAGACUCUGAGCAGCAACGCGAUGAACUAUCUCGUAUGGCGAUACCUUCAAGAAGCCGGCUUCGGUAAUGCAGCCCUGCAACUCUCACGAUGCUGGAUCCGCGACCCCGACACGCUUCCCUUUGCGAAGAACAUCGAACCGCACGCACUCAUCAGGCUCGUGCAGGAUGGCAUGUGCUUCGACCAGCUACAGGCUGAGGCCUGCAAUACGGAGCCGCGAUAUAGAUUCGGCACCGACCACGGACGACCAUAUUCGGCGCGCAAUGGCAACCUCUUGACUCUUGACAAGGGAAUACCCGCCCACGAACUCGCUGCCGAAGCCAACGGCGCUGUCCAGGAACCCCCACCAAAAAAGACGCUCAAGCGCAAGAAGACGAAGCCCACCAACGGCGUCGAACCGCGCCCCGAGCCCCAAGUCAACGGCGAUGCCAUGGAGAUCGAGCACAACGGCACCACACAUGUGACCAACAGCGUGAGGGCUGAGUCGGAGCCCAUGGUCUCGGAAGCCGAGUCGCCCUCACUUGUUGAGAUCCCCUUGUCGACACUCAGCAUAGGCCAGGACGCUGAGAUCCAGACCGAAGCCAUUGCUAUCGCUGAUCUUACGCCCGGCACCGUCUCCAUUCCACCCCCCUCGGACCCCGCAACAGUCAUUGAGCAUACACUUUGGGGCCCGAUAGAUUCUCCUGUACUACUCGCAGCAGGCAAAUCCUUACUUCAGGUUCACGUCGUGAGCAAGGAGCCUGGCCAUGAACCCCCUACCCAACAUUUCGACAUACCCUUGCCAGUCGACAACUUCGACGUCACCGCUCUAUGCUGGCACUCCGACAACGAACUUACUGUCUCCGUACGAGAACAGCGAUCCAACGAAGUCGGAGAGAAGAUGAUGAUGGACAAGCUCAUCAAACUUACCGAAGGCGGCCAGGCCUCUCAGGUCAUCUCUUCUACUGCCGGCCUCAUCAACACUCUUCGUUGGAAUCCGGAUCGGAACCUGCUACUCUCAAUCUCGACAGAUGGGGAAAAAGGCUCCAUCAAAGUGUGGAAAAACGAUAGUGACUCCAUCCCAGCAUGGACCGAGUUCACCGACACGGCCAUCUUCGACGCGCACUGGAUAAGCGACUCUGCCUUCGUCGUUUGCGGUAUCAAACUCUUCAAGAUCUAUGAGGUCAACGAAUCCCUAACAACUCAGCAAACCCUCGACACUUCAGUAACAUGGGAGACAGUCAAGUAUGACGCUGCAUCCAGGAUCAUCGCCGUGUUGGGUAUCGAAGAUCGUAAGUAUUAUCUUGGCAUCCUCCACCCCAACGACUCGAUACAGCUACAGACCCACGAAUAUCCCGACGAGUACCCUACCGAUCUUGGCUUCCGUGUCAAAGCAAAGACAAAUCAUCUUACUAAUGGUUCUUCUUUGCCCUCUGUCUUACUUGCAACAAGUUCCAUGUCUGGUGCGACGCGCAUCUGGGAUGCCAACGAACCAUUUAAAUGCGUCAAAUACCUACCCACUACAGAUGGUACGCAGGCCUUCAAGAUUGCCUUCUCUCCAGAUGGUUCGCUUUUAGCAGCUGCGGGACCUGAUGCUGUCACUAUUUGGGAUGUAGAGAGUAGGGAUGUUCCAAUAGCCUCGUGGCGUGCCAGUGAGACUCCAAGCAACAAAUGGAACCCCGGUAUAGACGGAGAGUUCAGUCUGGGUUGGGAGCCAGACAGCUCCAGGCUAUCCAUUGCUCUCGGAAAUCAGAUUGCCAUCAUCACGGUUCCGAGGUAG